AUGAACGUCCUCCAGGCUAGUGGAAAAAGAGGUGGUGGUGGUGGUGGUGGAGGAGGAGGUGGAGGAGGUGGUGGAAAAGGUGGUGGUGUAGGUGGAGGUGGAGGUCGAGGCAGUACUACAGGUGGUGGACCCGUUUCUGGAGCAGGAAAAGGUGCAGGUGCAGGAUCAGGAGGAAAAUCAGAAGGAAGUGGUGUUAUAGGUGCUGUAAUGGCCGGGACAGCUGGUGCAGCUGCAGGAGGCGUCAUAGCAGCAUCUUUGUAUCAUUACAACCCCACUUACUACGGCUACUACCGCUUCUAUCACGGUUACCAUUCUCACGAAGAUUAUGGACCAUCUGAGCCUCAACUACCGGCCGUCACUGCUCAAGAUAAAGCUGAUGCGGCGAACAUUGUAAAUGCUCAAUUUAGUGAAAAAGUCAUCGCCUCCAUACUUCCAUUUAGAGAGCAACUCAAUCGUCAAGUGAUAAAUAGUGAAAUCGCUAAUUACAAUGAGGGGGAACGCCUCAUAGAUCCAAUGUUUAAACCGAUUCAUGAAGAGAAUCCAGUAUUCAAGGAUCUAUGCUUCGGUUUGGUCAACGAUCCAAUCACUGUACUGACAAUGUAUUUGGGAGAAUUUCUUCACAACAGAGAUGAAACUUUCAUCAUCAUCGUUUUAACAUUGUGUCAAGAAAUGAGUGCAAUGCACUUUAUUUAUAAUCACAGGCAUAAAAAUGGGCUGACUACACAACGUAAAAAGCAGCGACAUCCGUUCUCUGAUUUAAUGAAAGUUUGGGUAGCGAAUGAUCGAGAUCCUGAAGAUACUGCUUUCACAACUGAUGAUGUAAACAAUAAAGCAGAGAGUUUGGAAAACGGUGAGUAAGUAUUUUAAAUUUUCAAAAUAGUUCAAAAUUGCAUGAAUUGAAGACAAAAUUAGGUAAAUAAAGUAAAAAGACUUGUUAUUACUCCGGAUGAUGUCUGACAUGCAAAAGUUGAAGAGCAUUGUUGAAGCAAGUUAGAGCACUCAUUUCUGUCAACGGAGCCCCGCAAGACAAACUUCUAAAACUAAAAGUAAUGAACGUACCUGCAACAGGUAGGUACCAAGAUGCGUAAGUAGGAUAGUUAGCUGCAGUAGGUAGGUAGGUAUGUAGGUAGGUACUAGGGUGGCAAACACUCAAUGCCUAAAAAUAUGAGGGAGUGGGCUCUAUUGUCAAAAUUGCUCUUACAAUGCUCUAAACUGGGGCUGAGUGCUCUAAAUAGCUAUAUUGAGGCAAUAGGACGACCUUGGGAGCCCAGGCAGCUAGGUCAGUGACCUGAAACGCGAGUGAAUGGCCUUAUUCACUCGCAUGGAAACCAAAUAGGCACGCAGACAACCUUGAUAGGUCAGACAGUAGGUUAGUGACCUUGACAGGCAUAACAGGCGGACAUGAGACCUUGAGAGGACAAACAGAUAGGACAAUGACGGAUGUAAAGAAACCAAAUAGGCUGACAGAUGACCGUGAGAGGUUAGCGUUAGACAGAUAGGUCAAUGACCUUA